AUGCGCAGGCCCUACAGACAGACUCGUGUUCCAAGUUAUCUUCAACAGUACCAUUGCUCUAACAUCACAAAAGAGCCUUCAGUCUCUCUUCUUGGUACUGCUCAUCCUUUGUCUGCUUAUUUGUCUUACGAUAAACUCUCUCUUGAGUAUCGUCUCUUCUGUUUUUCGAUACUUGCUGAGAAAGAACCACAAGCAUUCAAAGAGGCAGUGAAGGUGCAACAUUGGCUUGAUGCGAUGAACCUCGAAUUGGAUGCUCUAGUGAGUACAAAAACUUGGGUUAUUUAUUCUCUCCCUGAAGAUAAACAUGCUAUUGGUUGUAAAUGGGUGUUUAAAUUGAAGUAUAAGUCUGAUGGUUCUUUCGAGCGUCACAAGGCACGUUUGGUAGCAAAAGGGUACACUCAACAAGAAGGAGUGGAUUUAAUUGAUACUUUCAGCCCUGUUGCAAACCUCAAGACAGUUCGUGUUCUUUUGGCCUUGAUUGCGAUUCACGGCUGGAGUGGGGAGUCUUUACCAGAGAAGCCUGUCUGCAGACUUGUCAAGUCUCUAUACGGCCUCAAGCAAGCAUCUCGCCAAUGGUUUCACAUAUUCUCUGGAGUUCUCCUUGCCUAUGGUUUUACUCAGUCAUAUGCGGAUCCAACAUUGUUCGUUAAGCAAACGGAAGAAAGUUUCCUUGCUCUAUUGGUUUAUGUGGAUGAUAUUCUAUUGGUCAGCAAUGUUGAUGAAGUUGUGGUUGAUCUGAAACGUCUUCUUGCCAAAGAGUUCAAGAUCAAAGACUUGGGUACAAUGCGUUACUUUCUGGGUUUGGAGAUAGCAAGAGCAAAGGCUGGUAUUUCAGUUUCACAACGAAAGUACACGCUCGAGCUAUUGGAAGAGUUUGGUUUUCUUGGAUGCAAACCCGCACCAACACCAAUGGAAAUCAAUAUCAAGCUUGGCCAGGACGACGGAGAAUUACUUUCUGAUCCUUCUCACUACAGGAAGCUGAUGGGCAAGCUUAUCUAUCUCACCGUGACUCGACCGGAUAUCAGUUUUGCAGUCAACAAGUUGAGCCAAUACAACUCUCCUCCGAGAGAGCCUCAUCUUGAAGCUGCACACCGUAUCCUCCGUUACUUGAAGAAUGAUGCAGGACAAGGUCUCUUCUACUCUGCUCAAUCCUCCCUCACCGUCCGCGCUUUUGCAGAUUCAGAUGGAGGCACUUGUCCCGAUACAAGACGCUCAGUAACUGGCUACUGCGUCUUCCUUGGUGAUUCUCUGGUUACUUGGAAAUCAAAGAAACAGGACGUGGUUAGUAGAAGCACAGCAGAGUCAGAAUACAGAGCUAUGGCGAAUGCUACAUGUGAGCUUCUUUGGCUCAACUCACUGCUAGAGGACUUGAAGAUAAAGCUUGAUGAUACGAUCGUCCUCUACUAUGACAAUGAAGCUGCACUGCACAUCGCAAAGAACUCUGUCUAUCAUGAGCGCACCAAACACAUCGAGCGUGACUGUCAUGUGGUUCGUGAACGUGUGGCUUCCGGCUUCAUGAAGACAUUGCACGUGAGUUCUCAACACCAGCUCGCAGAUCUCCUCACAAAGCCUCUCACAGCGCUUCAAUUCAACCAUCUUUUGUCCAAGAUGGGAAUUCAUCACCUUUAUUCUCCAUCUUGA